AUGGAAUCCAAGGACUCGGACGAACGAAGCAGCUUUGCAUCGCCGACAAACACGGAGGGGACUUACUAUCAGUCUCAGCUGGGUCCCAAGGCUAAACGAGCCCACUUCUUUUCCCCACUGGACCAGGCCUAUGCCGACGCCUGCCAUCGCGAUGCAGAGACUGUUGAGUUUACUGAGGAGGAAGAGAAGAAAGUUCGCCGCAAAAUCGAUAUAACUGUGCUCAGCCUUAUCAUUUUUUCGUACGCUCUCUCGUCUCUCGCGUCAAUUGUUCCUUACAUCGUUCUAGAUAUAUAUGUGAGCUUUAACCCCGCGCUCUCUCCCACAACUCACGUAGGCGCUCGCCAACCCGACCAGUCAAUCAAUUUGGUGCGCAACGCGCUUCUUCUGCACGCGUCUACUGACAUGGACCUGCCAGAUCGUACUAACAUUGGGAAUGCACAUACCCUCGCUCCGUUCAACAAGCAUUUUGGGAUGUAUGCUAUCUGUCUCAUCGCAUUGAAUCCAGCAUUGAAUCAUACUUUUUGUAGCACCGACAACAACAAAUGGACCCUCGCACUUAGUAUCUUCUACGUUGGAUACUGUUUGCUUGAGAUUCCCGCGAAUAUCCUCCAACGAUACAUCGGCGCGAAUCGAUUCUUUUUCUUGGCUCUCAAUUUCUGGGGGAUCGCCAGUUUGAGUGUUGUUUACGCCAAAGGAUACCCGGCGCUUCUGGUGCUGCGCGUGUUGAUGGGCAUCGGCGAGGCUGGGUACUAUGCGGGCAUGAUCUAUUAUCUCUCCUUCUGGUAUAAGAAGCAUGAAUUGGCCCUCCGUAUCAGCUUCUGCAUGACUGGAACACUGCCCGGCGCCAUCGGAGGCUUACUUGCAUUUGGUCUGGUUCGGGCGAAGACAUCUUUGCUAGAUGGCUGGCAGUUCCUUUUCCUCAUUGAAGCUAUUCCCACAAUCAUCAUGGCCUUCGCCAUCCUGUUCUUCCUCCCGUCAUUCCCCUUCUCUGCAACGUUCUUGACACCACGUGAGCGCGCGAUCGCGCAAGCACGUCUAAAUCGUGAUCAGAAACCGACCUCGCAUGGCGGAAUGAAUGGCUGGCAAGGUCUCAAGGCGAUAGUUGCCGACCUUAAUGCGUGGCUGUUCAUGUUGAUCUAUGUAAGCUUCAACAUCGGCACCGCAACUGUGUCCUAUUUCCUGCCAACCCUCAUCAAAAACCUUGGCUAUACUGCAAUCAACGCGCAAGGAAUGACAGUGGCCCCAUAUGCGGCUGGCUGGUUUGCAGUCGUUUUCCAAGCGUGGCAUAGCGACAAGACGCGGGAUCGUGGGUACCAUGUCAUGGUCAGCACGAUAACCUCCUUCGUGGGGUACAUCAUCUUGGCAACAUCGGUGCAGAAAAGUACCGGCGCGGCCUACUUCGCCCUCUUCCUUGUUGUUGGCGCCAACUAUAGUUUGUUCCCUCUCGUUAUGAGCUGGGCAGCGAACACAUUCUCCCCAACGUCCAAGCGGGGCGUUGGAACCGCGUUUAUCGUCUCCAUCUCAAACUGUGUCUCGAUCGCGGCCCCGCAAAUAUACUUUGACCCGAAGGACCAAUUCCGCAAGGGCCACGCCAUCGCAGCUGGAAUGCUUGCUUUGGCGACCAUCAGCGCGUUCACCUUACGCACGCGACUCGCAUACUUGAACAGGCGCAACGAAAAAAUCUUGGCGGAGCGGGGGGACAGCGAAAAGCAAGAGAUGGAGGAGAGUGGUACUGAGAUUCCGGACUCUGACCCACGAUACAAGUUUAUGACUUGA